GUCGCAAUUAAAUUGGAUAGCACCAUUUUCCCCAAGAUUAGGACUUAUCCUUAGGAAGCAGAGGAUUCUUGCAACCGGAUUGCUCUGGCGAUAUUCCGCGUGGGAGAUCCUUCUAUAGUUUUAAACAGAUAAAUGAACCUUGAACUUGUCCAGCUUGAAAGAAACGGACUGGAAGUUUUAUCAGCGGACACCCCUCAAUCAUUAAUGAAAUGAAAAUGCACAUAAUGGGCAGUGAUAUUCCCGACGUAAAGUAACGACAUCUACUUUAGACUAACUCAUCCGAUCCUCGCGUCCAAUUACCCCAGCGGCAGUGUCGAUGAGACGGCGAGCACCUGAAGGCGUGCAACCGGAAAAUCAGAAGAGCAGGGGAACAGUCGACUCCGCUGCUCGACUUUGGAACGUCGAGAAGCAGAGGCGAAGCUUGAUUCAAUUCAACUGAAGGAUUCGUAAACGCCUUGAUACUGUAUUGCGUAUGUGUCGAUCAACGAGACUUUGAAGUCCUUCGCGUACGAUGGAUUCAGUUGGAACGUACAACGCUGUAACUAAGCUUACUACUGGUGAUGAGCACUGAAUCAGCUUCUGAAGUUUUUUCUUGCUGGAGAGAACUAUACUCGUGACGUCGAACUUGUGCAGAAUUUUUGAUCGUGGAAUUGAAGCCUUUAGGAUGCUGAAAUAUUUUCCUCUUGAGCUACAAUUGUCUGCCCCGGGCGCAGCUCCCAGUUCCUGCUGUCGAUGUACCAGAAAUUCAAGGUUUUUACCACGCUCGGACGAAAAGAAGAACCUGUUGGAACAGAAGGAGCAUCGCGUUGGCUGAUUUAUUUUGGAACUCAUUCCAGUGUGCUGUGUAUACUUGCUUUGUUGUGUACGUAUAAAAAUGUCUGGUGAAAAUGGAACGCAUUGCAUUUUCUGCACAUUGCCCAGCGUGUUUCCUUCGUGUGUGCAAACUGUAACACUGGUGAGGGUGUGAUUUUCCAUCUUGGGUGUGAAGAGCUUGCAGAUUAUUGCCUUCUGUGAGGGCUUGAUUGCGGAGGGUUUGUCUGGUGGGGUAAGGCAUGCGUGCAGUGCUGGUGUGAUGUUUCACGAGGUUCGACAGAGGACCAGAACAUCCAAGGACCGGCAUCGCGUAGAUGACGGGAGUGCGGAUCAGGAUGACAGGACCAGGAGGACGCUGAUCCGGCUAGCUGGCAAAGAAGAGGAGCAGCUUUUGAGUGGACCCGCUGCUUUAGCGUGUGUCUUGUUUUAUGUGGGCAUGCUGGUGCUGUGUCUUGUCCAGGAUGCCCGCUUGCCCGACGCUCGAACAAUAGCUGAUGCAGCAACUACGACAAGCCCAAACUCGAUGCCUGAAUUUGUGGAAGAACGGGCCAGGAUGGUGUUGAAGGAGUUGACGUCGCUGGGGCCAAGGCCAACUGGCAGUUAUGAGAAUGAGGUGCUGGCUGUGGAAGUGGUGAAGCAGCACGUGGCACUGGUGAAUCGCACGCUGGACCCGCGGGUCCACCGACUCGAGAUGGACGUGCAGGUUGUGUCAGGAUCCUUCUCGCUGGAGAUGUUGGGCUCGUGGUUUGCUAGCGAGUACAAGCAUGUGCAGAAUGUGGUGGUACGUCUUAGUCCAGCAACAAUAAUGUCGCCGGAUGGUGACGGAGGCAACGACGCGAAGAAACACAGUAAUGACAAGAACGCACUCCUGCUCAAUUGUCAUUUGGACAGCGUGCCUUUCAGUCCCGGUGCGAGUGACGAUGCAGCCAGCUGCGCCGUCAUGCUCCAAGUGUUGGAUGCCGUGACUCGACAAGCCAUCCCGUUGCUUCGUCCCAUCGUUUUUCUUUGGAAUGGUGCCGAAGAGAACCUACUGCAGGCUUCGCAUGGGUUCAUAACUCAACACCCGUGGGCCCGGGGCCUAGCUGCCUUCGUCAACCUAGAGGCAUGUGGGGCAGGUGGGCGGGAAGUGGUGUUUCAGGCUGGACCCGAUUGUCCUUGGCUGGUUGAGGCCUACAGCAAGUCUGUUCCGUAUCCCGCAGGCUCCAUCGUGGGCCAGGACGUGUUCGAUUCGGGUCUCGUGCCCGGAGACACUGACUUCCGAAUCUUCCGUGACUUCGGUGGUCUCUCGGGUCUCGACAUGGCCUUCAUCGUGAAUGGCUAUGUGUACCACACCCCACGUGACACCGAGGACCGCAUCCCACCUGGCUCCCUGCAGCGUGCUGGUGACAAUGUUUUGGCUCUUGUGCGACACCUAACCAUGACCAAUAGUGAUGGUGACUCCAAUGGUAACAACAGUGUGAACCGUGACUCUGAAGAACAACAACGACGACAAGAAAGCGGCGGCAAGGUCAUCUUUUUUGACUUGUUGGGCAUCGUGAUGAUCACGUACCGAACGAAAUUCACCGGAGCUGUACUUGUAGGACUAGCACUGGCAACAACGGCUGUAUGCACAUGGCUCAGACACCGGCCACGGUCUCGGGCUGGUGUCCGAGCCCGAAUAACCGCUGCAGCCAUGGCAUUCUGCGUGUUGCCUGUUUCGUGGCUGUGUGCCCUGGCUGCCAAUGCCUGCGUUGCCGCACUGACGCACUGGUGUGGCAAAACCAUGUCCUACUAUGGACACAUGGGUUGGGUCUUCCCGUUGUUCCUGCCUGUCCCAUUGGCUGUUGUGUCUCUGGUCCAGGCUAAACUCAUGCAGCUCGCAAUGCAAAUGCUCUCCUUACACAGGCAUGACAAUAACGGACGGGGAAAACAACAACCAUUGCUAAACAGACAGAAGGACGGAGCCUGUGGUUCCAUGUUUACGCGACAAGAGGUGGAUGAGGAAGAAGAGAAGCUGUACAACAAAGAAGAAGGGCUGGAGGAAUGGGGGUCGUGGCCGAUGAGAACUGGAGGCAUUGCUGUUCUUGUUUUUGACGCAUUGGUGGAUGCAACGCGACUGUGGCUUGUCCUUGCCCUCGGGCUACUUUCCCUGACUGGCCGUGGUUCCGUCUUCCUGCCCACAUUGGCACUUCUGUUGCCUGCAGUUGGCGAGCUGCUGGCCAUGGGGCUCCGAUUGCGAAAAUUCCACUGGACGUGGCUUUGUGUGUACCUGAGCAGUCAAACCGUGCACCUACUUGCCCUGAUGACAAUUGCCAUGCAAGGCGCGCAAGUGUUUGUGCCAGUGACUGGUCGCACCGGUGGAGGCGUGAAUGCAGACCUGGCCCUGGGCUGCCUCAACGGCAUCUGCUUCCUACUCAUCACCCUCUUCCUCAUGCCGCUGCUGCAGGUGAUGGGCAGUCAGCAACGCCGACGGCUCCAGUGGGCGUGUGUGGCCGUGACGGGCCUGGUUGUGGUUGCCCUGAUGGCCACCAAUGUGGGCUUCCCGUAUCGCGCGAGUGAGGACAGCCCUCGACUGCAGCGCUUUCUAGUGGCGCACACUUGGCGUCGGUUCCAUGGGCCAGAUGGACGGGUGUUGCGCGAAGACGCUGGGAUGUGGGUCACGCACCUGGACGCGCACGCAGGGACAACGUUGGCCCGACAUUUGCUGGAGUUGCCUCAUCCUCUCAAUGGUGCUGCUGAUGCUGCUGCAGAGUCAGAGCACAGGCAAGGAGACAAUGAUGAUGUUCAGCACUUUGGGCUGGACGACUGUGAGGAGCGAAUGUGGUGUCACGCACCUGUUUACUACCCCGCUGUCCGACUCCUGUCGGCUGCGUCUUGGGUUCCAGCUCCCAAGCCAGCAGUUGUUAGGUCCACACCUGUGCUUGUGUGGAGUGCGAGUCAAGUGGAGCGAAAUGUCUACAAUGUGUCUCUCAGAAUCCAAGGGCCGGAUCACAUGACUCUCAUCGUGUCCCCGAAUUUUGGCUGGCAAAUGGACAGCUGGUCCUUGGCAGGCCCCGUGCACGAUUCGCAGCUGGCCUAUUCUGGACGUCGCACUUACUUUCUCUACUUUUCUUACGGUCUGCAGCCGGAUCUUUGGACGCCUUGGUUUCUGCUCAAGAAGGACGCUUCCGAUCCAGGAGCAACAAAAGGAGAUGUGGACGAGCUUCUUGAGUUGGGACUCACGGGCCACUCAAUCCACGGCAAUGACGCGCAGGAUGAUUACCUGUCUGCGUUUCUGGCCCGGUUCCCAGCCUGGACUUACCCUGCAGGCUGGACAUGUACCUACGACAAUUACCGCAUUUCUCGUUCAAACAGCUAAAAUCUCACUUCGCCAAGAAGUUAUGGGCUAGCGGUUGAGACGACUUUUUCCUCGGCUUCUUUGGUGCAUUUGAAUAGGGCAUUGCAUGGGAAAUGCAGACUCUUUUGGUGUGUCUCA